AUGAUGUCCUACAAGGUCCUGGCACUGGCACUCCUCUCUUGCACAGUCUCCGCCGCAACGUAUAAGGAUCCGGCCAUUCUCUAUUCUCAGGAGAAAUGCUCGGGAAAGGAGAUUGAAAUCAAGGCAGAUGACACCUGUGUUCUGCUACCAGUUGGAUCGAGAAAAAACAUCAACGGAGCUGAACUCCCAGAAGAUGUUGUAUGCGACUUCUAUACCGACGAGAAGUGUCAGGAGCCACUCUGGAUUGGAAUGGAGGACCCCGGUGAUUGCAGCUUCAGUGAGCUGGAAAUUCAGAAUAAGACAGUGAGCGUUCACUGUUAUGAUGGCUCGGCCAUCUAUGACGACCUGUAG